GGCAUGCACCUCGCGGUAAACCCACUGUCAAAAAAGUUGUUAAUAGUUGUGGAAAAAAUCUUUCACUAAUUGUUGCAAUAAGUAGUAGUGGUAUUAUUAAAUUCUCAUCUCGUUUAGGUGCAAUUAAUCACAAUAUCUUUAGAUCAUUUUUAGGUCAACUUAUGAGAAUAUUUACUGAUAAUAGAAAAAAAUAUUUAGUUAUGGAUAAUGUUAGAUUCUAUCAUUCACCAGAGGUUAAAAACGUUGUUGCAAGAACAUCACAUGAAAUUAUGUAUUUACCUACAUACUCCCUGUUUCUUAAUCCAGCAGAAAAAGUUUUCUCCAAAGUAAAAAAUCUAGUAGCGAAACAUCAUCUUGAAAACUAUGAAACUCUCUUAGGAAGAAUUGAGGAUGCAUUUUCCAUGAUAACUGCAGAGGACUGUAAUAAUUGGAUUGAGCACUCGCAAUCAUUGUUUGAAUGA